AUGUCAUCACGAGUUCGACCCAACCUGCUGGAUGUGGUUUCCUCUUUGUCCUCCGUCCCGGGGACGCGGAACCAAUAUGCCGUGAAGAUUACACGGGACUGGUGUACCCAACACUCUGUCCUUGGGGGGUUUUCUACUGCGAUUAUGCUGGCCGCCGGUCAAAGGUUCCUCGACCAGGAACUUGGCGUAGGCCGGUAUCCCGACCCCGUUCAUGCGUUCGUCCAGUUUUUACACAUGGUUUACCCUGGCCCGUCGAUUAUUACUUGCACACUUUUACGAGUGUCCAAGAAACAAUCCGUUCUACAAGUUGAACUCGCGCGUGCCCCUAAGCCGGGAGAGGACUCCGACUCUUACCCAACUACAACUCUCGGUAUCUUUACAUACGGCGAUAUUAGCAAAGAAAAGGGCCUCACGCAAGAAACGCGGCCGGUAAUCACUCGACCACCCCCUGAUCGGCUCACAGAAUGCGUUACUAUCGAUGACCCCGUCGUCAGUUCCACCCCUGUGACCGCGAAGAUGAACUGGGUCGCCCCACGAUCUCCACAGGGACUCUGGGGCCACCGCCUCGGCGGCCACAACCGCGAAGUCUGGCUGUCCUUCCGCGACGGCUCCAAACUAUCUGACGUAUUACAUCUGGCGUAUCUUUCCGACUUGCCCCUGCAGCCACCAGCAACCCAUAUUCCGGACUUCUACGCUAAAUAUGCGAUCUCCACCCUGUGUCUGUCGAUCGAGUUCAAAAGGCGGCCCGACCCGUCCACUGACUGGAUCAUGGUCCGCUCCAACUCCAACAAGGUCUCCAAUGGCCGGUAUGAUGCUGCUUUGCAACUAUUAGAUGAGAGGGGGGAUCUUCUCGCCUUGAGCAAUCAUGUUGUGUUUACCUCAGACUUGAAGCCGAGGCCGGCUCGGCUGUGAGUGGGGCUGUGGAUCCUUUAGUAUUUGAG